AUGGCCCCAGUGGUGGGAAAUCCCCUGAAGACGUCUCAAUCAAAGCCGACCUCCCACCCUCACCGUGGCGACAUUGCAGCCAGGGAGAAAUCCCAGAGCAGAUCGUGUCGAGACGUAAACGUGUUGCCGAUCCAAGAUCCAGUCUCACGCCACAGCUAUGACUUUGUCACUGAGGGUUUAAUGGGUUCUGGGAAUUCACAUCGUCAACACCAAGCUCGAACAUGGCCAUCCGACAAGGAACAAACACUGGACACUGCCGUACGGCAUCCUGGUUAUGAAGACUCGCUGAAGAGUCGACGAAAUGGAGUUGCUGCGUGGGUCACUCAAGAUCAACGAGCUAGUAAAGAUGACCAUCGCCCACUCCUUGACACCGCAACGACGCUGUUCGGACACAGCAGUCAUCAAGGCCGAGAAGCCACGGCAAGAGAAGUGAAAAUACCUAGGGGAUCAGCAGAUCCGUUUGUUGGUAUUGGUGCCCAAUUCCAGACCGACUACCCCACAAGACUUAGGGGAGAUCUUGAUUUCAUAUGA